AUGAAACUGCGCAGUCGAACCGGUUGCUUGGCUUGCAAGAGUAGAAAGCGUCGAUGCGAUGAGGAACGGCCAGCUUGCAGGAACUGUCUGGUGCGAGGGGUCGUGUGUCCGUAUCUUACUGAGUCGUCGCAGUCGAUCUCAUUAAGGUUCAAGAUUAGCCGGUGUGACGUUCAUUGGAAGUCACGUCGGGGAGAUCUACCCUGGCAUUUUUUGAGUGUUUCGUCCCGGGAUAUGAGCUUGUUUUCUACCGAGCAUGCUCUGUCACCAAAGGAUGGGUCUGAUAUCGACGAUGUCUCUCAAAGUUUCAUUGGCGCUAUUAGGCCCGAACUUUCAAUAAGCCCGUUUGGAGGAUGCGGGAGUCUUGAGAAGCAGCUUUUCCAAUAUUACUUAGAGGUCAUCUGCAAGGUACGAGUUUUCCAAGACGACCAAAGCAACCACUUCCGAUCACUGGUUAUCCCAUUCUGCUACGGACAACGACCAUUAUACUACGCUGUCCUUUCCCUAAGCGCCAAUGACCGUCGCGCAGAGACAUGCUUUGAUUAUGAGAAGGUCUCACUAUCAUACAAAUCCCGAGCGCUCCGGUUGCUUCGCGAAUCAUUGACCGAUAUGCACUAUGCAAACGAAGCUCUCAUGACAUGCGUUAUUCUGUGCUCUUUAGAGAUUGCUUCAGGCUGUCGACCAGACUGGGUUCAACACGCCCAAGGCGCCUUUGCUAUCAUCGACAGUUUCGCCAACCUCCUUGACCCACAGAUACUCUUCUUCGUGUAUAGUUACUUUCGCUUCCGGGCGGUUUUCUUCCUGACAACGAGUUCUCGCGAGCAGGCUGAUGAUAGUUCACGCAACAUGUCAGCUCUACAAUGUCCUCCAGAAAUAGGAUUGGACGUUGACCUUGGCUCGGAUAUUCGGGACAAAAUCCAGCCUCAUAUGGGCUGUUCCCUCAGCUUACUCGAUAUCAUAGCAAAGACCACGCACCUGGUUCAACGAAAGCGGCAAUUACGCCAGAGUGGCCGCAGCUCACUGCCCUGCGAGGAGGACUUACGAUGCCAGGCCAUGUCCAUCCGCAGCCAACUGGACUCGCUGACUGAGGAGAAUCCAUCCGCUAGCGACUACCUAGCAACAUGUGCUGAAUGUUUCCGCAUGGCAGCGGAUCUGUUUCUACAACUGGCGUGUGAUAUUCCGCCAUGUCAGCCGGCACUGCAAGAGCAACUUGACCGCUUGUUAAAUCGGAUUGGGCAGGUGAUCCAUGAGGGUCAGGAGAGGCAACUGUUUCCCAUGUGGCCGCUGUUUCUGGCGGGUUGCCUAUCAACUACAGAUGAGGAUAGGUUACGGGUGCUGGACUACUUCUCUGUUCUUUUGCAUCAAUGGCCUAUCAGUAAUAUCCCCAUGGUACGUGAAGCUACAAAGACAAUUUGGAAGUCGCGGGAUUUGAAUGUGGAAGAGGAGCAGAGUAAGAAUGGAUUCGAUUGGCAAAUAAUCAUUGAACAGAUGAAUUGGAAGCUAGCGUUGUCAUAA